AUGGUUCCAGGGGAGGGGCAUGCAGGAGCACAGGAUGAAACCUCUUCAGAGUUCAGGCAGGUCAACUCAGUUGAGUGUGAGGAGCUUGUCGCUAGUCGAGGACUUGACUAUGAAGAAGGGAGUUGGCCAUCUCUGCACAAACUAGUCGGGAGCUGGAGCCGUUCCCCUGAUGAGACCAAGCAGAUGGGUUCAAUUUUGGAAAGCGGGUGGGUGCAUUCUGAGGAAGUGAAUGUGGGAGGUUAUAAAGACAUGAUUAGUAACUUACCAACAUGUCUUAUUGGCCAUAUCCUAUCUUUUCUUCCAACAAAGAAUGCAGUGGCAACUAGUGUCUUGUCAACCAAAUGGAAGUACCUCUGGACCUCAAUCACUAAUCUAGACUUUGAUGAUGGAUUGCUAUAUGCAUCGGCAACUCCUUGGAAGGGUAACGAACAAAGACAAAGUUUAGUGGAAAAGAGCUUCGUAAAUUUUGUCUACCAUGUACGUUCACGUAACGUAUCAAAUUUGCAUAAAUUCCGUCUGAGAUGUACUCGGAGUUAUGAUGUUUCACAUGUUAAUGCAUGGGUUUCAACGGCACUAUCACGUAAUCCUCGUGAACUUCAUCUUUCAAAAACAGGGAGUCUGCCUCAUGAGCUUUUUACUUUGGUUUGUCUACAGAGUCUUAAAAUCCUUGUCAUUGAUUCACUUAAAUUUUCGGAUGAUGACUCAUUCUAUAGGCUCUUUUCUAGCUGCCCUGUACUCGAAGAUUUGUCCAUAGAAAAUUGUGAUUUGGGAAAUAUCAGUGUUUUUAACAUUUCUGCCCCCAAUCUCAAGAGUUUAACCAUGAAUUGCGGGACUUGGUUGAAUGAAACUUGUUCCCAUACUUCGAAGUACAAGAUUGUGCUUAAUACACCAAAUCUUCAAGACCCCAAAUACAAAGACGCUAUAGCAUAA